CAUGUCACGGCCGCUCAGACCGGCACAACUGCUGCCAGCGGCCCCUAGAACGCCGCCGCCGCUCUCGAGGAUCCUCUUGGGGCGACGGCCGGCUCUCUAUCUUCUUGGGGCGUCAUCAGGCAUAAGACAGAUCGAUCUUCUUCGCCCCACACACUAGCGCCCAUGAUGGAUAGCACCAAAGGCCCCGACAGCCCCUCAAACCGCAGCGAAGGCCUCGCUAGUGUAGACAGCGAGUCCUUGCUAGUCGUGCCUUCCACCACGAUCACCGCCCCACCGAACCGAAGUCUGGGAUCUCGUCCGCAACGAUCCAGGAAAGGAUUCGCCUCGGGGAAAUCGCGUUUGUCCUUGAAGAUCGACGCCGACUGUGCUACCAGUGGAGAUGUGGUUUCCUCUACGAGGCAGUCGACGCCGGCGUCGACGUCCAGCAGCUGCAGCAGCGACGUCGUGCCGUGGUGGGAAGUCGAGUACCAGUGUCCUCCCCCAGGCCAUCUUGGAGCGCAUGUGGUGCCUGUUUCGGCUGAUGAACAGCACACAGAUUCAAAUAACAGCAACGUACAGAACACCACGACGAGAAGUGCUGCACCCACCUUGCUACCCUCCGUGUCCGUUGAUUUCUCGACCUCUUCAUUACAGACUACCACGUCUUCUUCACAGAAAGCCAACGCUAUUCGAGCAGGCAUCGUGCUGUACGAAACUCCAGAGGGAGCACGACGAGGCACUCACAGUAAAUUGUCAGCCUUAAGAUCAUCCGUUCCUUGCCUGCUGGUGGAUAGCAGUCCGAGCCAGAAGCGCAAGAUGCGGCCACAAGAUCCGACGGAUUGCGAGGUUGAUCUCUUCUCCACACCCGUCACCAAGGAGCUCAAGCGGUUCCACGAGUCCAGGUACUUUAACUUUUUUCUUGGUAUCACGCCGAAGUUGUGUCUAAAAUGUAUGCAUCUGCUAUCAGCGGUAGUAGUCUCAAGAAAUCGGCACUGCCAAGUCGAGUUGUCACGCCAGCCACGUUGGUACAGCCCCUCACUCAGAUCGGCAUCAGCCAGUCAUUGCGCAUCAAGCCACGUGCAGCAGAUACAACAGCAGCAACAACACUCUUCCCCGCGACUGACAAAUCUCUCGAUGAAGCCCCUUAGAAACAAAAAAAAAGAAAAGAAAAAAAUAAGAUCAUCAUUCUGAUUGAUGUGGUUCUGCC